AGCGGGAAAAAACUUUUGCAAAUUCGUGGCAGAAAAGCGUCAGACGAUAUACUGCACGGCUUUUGAAUUUGGACGAAAGAAAUUGGAUUAUACCUUAUUAAAAGUUGAUCAAGAGUUCACCAGCCAUAACGACCCUAAUAAUCAAGCUGGUAUGAAAAGGGUUUUUAUUAAUUGCCGAAGAACGGAAGUGAAAACGAGGGCUGAAAGAAUCACAGCCCAUGCCGCUGACAAUAUCCACUUAGACGUAAUAUCAAAUUACAUAUUUAAUUGAAUCAGAACUUUUCUUUUCUAUGAUACUCUGGCACUACACAUUCUACUAACGAUCUGGAUCCUACAUCACAAGAUCUUCACUGUGAAGAACCAAGGAACUAAUAUGGCGUUGUGGGAGACUGUUGUCGUGCUUCUAUGUGUCAUUACGAUGACCAGUGCUUGUUCUUGUAUGCCAGCUCAUCCACAAGAACAUUUCUGUCAAGCACAGUUCGUUAUUCGAGGAAAGGUCAUCUCAGGUCCAGUACAAGUCCUUCCUGAUAACUAUUUUGUCUCAAGCAACGUCCUCGGACGCUUCCUCGCAGAGCGUGUCUACACAUUCCGAAUAACAAAGACGUACAAAGGAGCGGCGGCCAUCAAGAAGACGGACAGCCUGAAGGUCUACGGGUCACGCGGCAGAAGUGUCAUUACGAAGAUUUAUACACCAUCAAAGCUGAACUCCUGUCGUGUGGACCUUGACGUUGGGAAGGUUUAUGUCAUCGCGGGAUACAUUGGAAGGAAAAAACUCUCUAUUUCUGGAUGCAGUUUAAGGAUGGAGUGGGAAAAAAUAACGAAGAAGCAGCGCUCGGGAUUCGCGCGCAAAUACGGCCGAAGCUGCGAGUGUGUUCAUCAGAAAUGCUACAAAGAUUGCGGGAAAGAGUCACAAGAAAUGGCGUGUAAUUUUGAGAUCUCUCGGAAUCCAGCGAACGAAUGUCGAGACAGAUAUGGAUACUGCCAGUUGAGCAGUGAUGGUAGAAGCUGCUCGUGGACGACGAAUGCACUUUACAGAAAAUGCAUGAAGAAAAUACCUUAACUGAAAAUACCUUUAGAACAACAGGACAUUAACAACUUACCGAAUUAAAAGUGGCUAUGUAAAUUGUAGUCUCCCUCGCAUCCGUUUUUAGUGUCGGUCGUCACGCAACGCUGAGAGGGAGCGUUGACACUAAAAACGGAUGCGAGGGAGACUAUGUAAAUUGUGAACGCACGGGACAUCUGUGAAGCCUCAGCCGAACUAAGUGAAGUUUUUUGUGCUUUAUCAAAAACAAAAAAUGAAAUCGCCUUACCAAGACUCGAGCAUAGAUUACGUUUUUCUGUGCUUUAUCAAAAACAAAAAAUGAAAUCGCCUUACCAAGACUUGAGCAUAGAUUACGUUUUUCUAGGCGGCAUGUAUUGAGCAUGCGCAUUUCGUUCUUACCUAGCACGAAAUGGUUCAAGCUUGAGCACGAAAAGAAAUUUUUCUUAUAAUACUUAAGCUUAUAAUAAGCUUAUAAUUUUUCUUAUGUUGAAAAGAAGUUUUUCUUAUAAUUUUGACGUUUUAUCGUUUCGUUGUUUAUGGGACUAAGUUGGUAUUAGCUUAGUGAUAGAUAUGGUCAGGUAGAGACCAAGUUCGGCAAUACUCAUAUGCAGAGCGUGGCGAGUCUUGCCGGCGAAACUGAAUUGUAUAUAGAAAUAGCAAAAACUACGAAACGCUAUGCUAUUUGUGUAACAAGGCUUUUUUUUUGGGUCAACAGAAUGGUUUUCACUGGUAAAGCCGUGAAAUACACCUUAGCGUAUUAAGCACUACCUCACGAUAAUUCUUUCUUUUCUAUCGUAUUUUUGUGACUAUAGUACACUCUAAUUAGUACACUUUGUAUCACGGGUUAAUGAAAACCACUCUAAUCAUAAAGCAUGUAAAUAAUGAAAAUAUUCAUGUAGUUAAUAUAAUCAUAGUAAUUGUAAGUAAGCUGAAUAUGUAAAAGAAAUGCUUGACGUAA